UUAGCAGCUCUCAGUAUCUAGCUGUAGGUCAUCCGCUCUAUAAGUGUUCCGUGAUAUAAUUAUAGUGCAUGCAGUUAAGAUAAUGAUUGUCUUAAUUAUGUAACCAUAGCGUUGUUAAUUCCACAAGGAUUCGUCGUGUACCUACGUGAAAACGAUGAGAGAUUAUUUGUUUUUGUUGUGUGUGUUCUCCGUGAGCCACGGUUACCACAUUCUGAGUAUUCAAGGGGGAUUGUCUAAAAGUCACUACAAUUUAAUGGUGGGAUUAAAUAAAAUCUUAUUACAAGCCGGACAUGAAGUCACUUUUAUAACUACAUACCCCGAUCCAAAACCUAUGAAAAACCUUAAUAACGUUGAUGUAAGCUCCGUUUUGGAAAUAGACAAAUUUAUAAACGUAACAGAUCACAAUACGAUGGGUAUAAAAAUAGUUCUAGAAUUUGGCAAAAAUAUUUCCGAAGCAAUAGCAGCACAUCCGGCGGUACGGAGCGUCUUGAGCGACACCCAAUUUGACGCUGUUCUUAGCGAGUGGUUCUUUUCAGAUCUCGAUGCUGGAUAUGCAGCCGUUCAAAACAUUCCAAGGAUAUUGCUCUGUGGUACGAUUCUCCAUCCCCAUAUACAGCAUCUAGUGGACAUCGCAAGAGAUCUACCCACCACGCCUGUUUUGAUGGCGCCUUAUCUACCUCCGAUGAAUUUCGUCGAGAGGGUCUUGAACAGUAUAGCUCAUCUUCGGUUAUCAUGGAUGGCAUAUUUUGAUACAAAAAACAGCUACGAGCGCUACUUUACGCCAAUAGCAAAAGCGCGUAACGUAACUUUGGCUCCGUUUUACGAGGCUCGUCAGAACAUCUCAGUAAUUUUGGUGAACAGCCAUCCGACGUUCUCUCCGGCCCACAGCUUACCUCCGAAUGUUAUUGAAAUCGGAGGGUAUCACGUGGAAGAUAAUGUGCCACCUCUACCAAAGGACCUUCAAGAUAUUCUAGAUUCAUCUCCUGAAGGUGCUAUCUAUUUUAGCAUGGGCUCUAACAUUAAGGCAAAGGCUUUUCCUGAAAGGACUAAACGGGAGCUGAUAGAGGUAUUUAAAAAAUUGCCGCAAACAGUUCUUUGGAAAUUCGAAGAUCCCUUGCCUGACACACCAAAGAAUUUACAUGUAAGGCCAUGGCUCCCUCAGACGAGUGUACUGGCUCAUCCCAACGUGAAGGCGUUCAUCACUCACAGCGGUCUCCUCAGCACGAUAGAGGCGACAAAGUUCGGAGUACCCACGGUCACAAUCCCAGUCUUCGCUGACCAGCCCAUCAACUCCGUCACCGCCGUGCGAGCUGGACGCGCGGUGCAGGUCCAAUUCUCACCCGACAUGGCCGGAAGCUUGGAAGAUGCUCUAAACGAAAUACUUACCAAUAAAACGUACUAUGUUCAAGCAAAGAAACUGUCGAAGCUUUUUAAUGACCGUCCAGUCGAGCCGAAGAAAUUGAUUCUCCACUACAUCAAGUUAGCUAUAGAGAGUCAGGGUGCGACACAUCUUCGCCUGUCGUCAGACCUGGCCUGGUACCAACUGUGGAUGCUCGACCAAAUUGUAUUUUUCCUCAUUUCCUUGUACGCUAUGUGUCACCUGCUCUACAAAGCCAAAUACCUAAUUUAUAGAAAAAAUAUGAAACAGAAAAUAAAAAAUCAAUGAAGUA